AUGUUUUUUUAUUCUUUGCCAACAGAAGCAAAGCUUGAUAUUUUUAAAUGUCUCAAUUAUGAACAAUUAUCUUCAAUUAAACAAACAAAUUUAUUUUUUCGUGAUUUUAUUAAUAAUUUUGAGGGGAAACUUGCCCGAGAAGAAUUAUUCAAUUUUACUAUCGAUUUUUUCAAAGAAAUUUCAAACAAUUUCAAUUACGAAAAAAUUCCUUAUAAAUAUGUUAGACCCGAAGCUGGAAAUUUUGAUUUUGCUUUAUUUGACGAGCAACAUAACGAAUUGAAUGAACAAAUUGAGGAAAUGUGGAGUAAUGGACAACAAAAACGAAUUCCUUUAUAUUUACCUGAUCACGGAUUGCUUUACAAUAUUGUCAUUAGCUUGUCUAUAGGUGGAUUUUUUGAUGUUUUAAAUUCAAAGAAUUUAGAGGGGAAAACCUUUUUUGUGGAUAGCAAUAAAACCAAAAUUGGGCCCCUAUUGUUUUUGCAGACUUUGUUUUUCAUUUGGUUGGCAUAUAGGUAUACUUUAGUGAUGUUCGAGUAUCCCGAUCCCGACUCGGAAAAAUUUCCCGAGUUUUUGGACUCCCGACUCCUGAUGCCAUUUUCCGACACGACUCCCGUUGUCCGAGUUUUUCUUGAACAUCACUAA